UUACUAGCCAUAUCAGCGACCUACGACGUAUUCUUGACAAUUUUUGACUGCUGUAGGUUUUCAUGUAAGAUGAAACACUUACGUGGACGGUUAGACCUGUUAUGGCUGCUUGUUCAAACAGCUAAUUCGAUUCUGCGGUUGUCGAGCGCAAACGAGUGUAGAACUGAUCAACUUAGUACCGCCGCCUAUAAUCGCCAUGAAAUCUUUAUAAACGGGACGUUUAUCUUUGCCGGUUUGUUUCCCAUACACUACGCUCCUCAAAAUAAUUCCUCCUCGCAGCUUUGCCAAGGCAAGUUUAACAUUCGAGGCUUUGAAGAAGCCCUAGCAAUGGUUUACGCCUUGCAACAGAUCAACAAAAGCUUGAAAAUUCUUCCUGGUAUCACCGUUGAAGCAGACAUCGAAGAUACAUGCAGCACUGUCGAUUUUGCAAUACGAAAAUGCCUGAACUUUAGUUUUGUCAAAAGAAACAUGGAAAAUGGUAUGUGCGAACGUGUAAAGAGCGUUGAAUCGCACGACCCUAAAACUGUAGCAAUUAUUGGUGUUGGAUCUAGCGAUGUAGCUAUGGCGGUCACUAACUUUGCUGGCUUGUUUUACGUUCCGGUUGUUGGUUACUCUUCGUCGAGUAGACUUCUUAGCAAUAGGAAUCGUUUUAAAUAUUUUCUUCGCACAAUUUCAUCUGACAGCCUCAUGGCAAGAGCGGUUGUAGAUCUGUUGCGUAUGUUGAAAUGGAAUUUCGUUCAUGUUCUAUAUUCCGACACGGAUUACGGAAGAUCAGCUGUCGAAACAUUUGAACAUGUUCUUGGGUCUUCAUCGGGUGCGAAUAUUUGUUUGGCCGUGAAAAGAACAUUCACAAAACAUACGGACGAUGUAGAAAUCAAACGUAUCCUGGACGAUAUAAAAGCCGAGAAAAACACCAAAGCCAAAGCUGUAUUACUAUUUACCACUACAGACGAUACGGAAAUACUAUUGAGCCAUUUCGAUACGUCUCAAAUGAAGGACUAUGUUUUCAUAUCGACCGAUUAUUUCACAGGGUCAGUGAACAGGUUUCAAAGCUCGCGGGAAAUGCUAAAGAGAGUUAUUGGAGUCACACCGCAUCAUAGACGCGUAGAUAGCUUUCUGAAAUAUUUGCAACGCGUCAACGAAAGCUUCGUUAGCUGUCCGUGGAAAGAGGAAUACAACAAACAACAUUUGAAAGAUCCUUUAGAACACUCGAUCUAUGCGCCUUAUGUUGUUGAUGCGGUGUACGCUGCGGCUUAUGGUCUUCAUAGUCUUUUGAAUUGCACUCCAGGGCAAGGUUGUCAACAUUCACCGGAUGAGUUUCCAAUUUUGAACAGGUGGGAGAAAAAAAUCACUGAAACAUAGGUCUUAGAAUAAAUUUCACGGGGAAUAUUUGACGUCUAACGAAGGGAAAAAGAAACUUUCGCAUGAGACUUUUUCAAAAGCGCAAAUAUGAAAGUGUUCGAAUAAUUCACGUUUUUUGGGGUCAAAUUAGAUUCUCAGUUAAAAAAACAAAACAAAACAAAAACAAAAAUAUUCUUGAAAGCAUGACCUCAUUAAUUUUGGCCAGAAAAGCGCAACUUAAUUAAUAAGUCACUAAUCCCCCCGCUUUAGGUCGGUUAUGAAAACAUAGAUUCUGAUAAAAUUGAACGAAGGGCCGUAUCAGCUCAUUCCUUGUCAAAAAAGGUUUUUUUUUUACGGAAAAUGCCGUCAAGAGCCGAGUUAGUUCUUCAUACGAUUCAGUUCUGUAUCGAAUUGGUAGGAAUAUGUUCAUGUCCGCUAUCGACAAGGUGCUCCCGAGAGAAAUAUUAGUUUUUGAGAAGUUCAAGUUCGCCAAAGAAUCGAUGUUUGCAAAUCAGACAUCUGUUCUAGACAUUUUAUUCAAGGCGUCGAUAUUCGACAGGAAAAAUAAAAGGUUGUCAAUCCUACCAAUCGCAAACGUCAAGAAUCGACUCUUAAUCAUUUUCUCCAAAAAGGAAAGUGUCUCCGUGAAAUUCAGUUUUACAAAAGACAAUGCCUGUUUUAAUGACAGGGUACAUGUUGUAAAUUAAAAUGACCCCCUUGGUGCAUUUCUUUUUUAGCGAUCUUAACAUUUUUUUUGCUCACAAUCUAACCGUGAAUGAAUACAUAUUAACGUUAUUUUUCGAUUUUGUAUGGGUAGUUUCUUAAAAGCAGGCUGCUCUGUUUCUACAAGGCAGUUGGAUCGAGCACUGCAUGUUUUCUAUUGUUUCAUAAAUUAUAUAUAUUCAAACCCGUGCUUUUUUAUUAAAACGCCAAGUAAAUUAAUUUAACAAGUUGUCGCACUUAUUAAAAUAUAUAAACUUUACCAAAAGCAAUUGCUAUGACUUCCUUUGUCGGCAAAAGUGACAAAUUUUAAGUUAAAAGCUACAUAACAAAAACUUCAGCAUUUUUUUUGGCUUAAAUUUGUUUCAAGACCUUUCCCGUAAGUGCCAGCGAAACACUAAAUUUAGUGGCAUCAACCGAGUUCAGAGUACUUACAUAGUAAUUGUUCAGAUCCCGAUUCGAACAUCGAAGGUCGAAGGAUGUCAGUGAGCAAUCUCAAGGCAGAAGAAUAUUUCAAAAUGUGGGCAGUGCUUUCUUCAUAUUGUCCCAUUUUAUUAUCUCAUAAAUGGUACGAGGGUAUAUCGUUAGAAUUUUAUUUUUGCCGGUUUGACCUGUUUUUAUGAGUCAAUGACCGCUAUUUUUUCUGACAGAGUAUUUAAGUGCCACUUAAUACCGUCAUUGUAAAAACCCUCCGGAACCGCGAGUUAUUCACUGUCCGGAAUUAACGAGUCUGUGAUAAUAGAGGGUUGCGGGAAUUUCUCUUAAGAUAUUUGCUUUGUUCAGAUAAUAUGUCUUUUUAGUGAAAUUGACUGUAGAACCUUCUCUAGCGCAGGAAGCAUUUUGACAGGCUUGAAAACUUAUUUAUGCACUCAUGUGACCGACUUAAGGACGGGCUCUCCAAGUUGAUGCGUCGUGUGGCUUUUAGUUUAUUUAGUCCUAUUUAGGGCCAUGUACGUGCAUAAUAAAAUUUAAGGGCCGUUCGUACGAGAGAAAAUAAGCCGCGGCUUACUAUGUCCGCGGUUAACAUAAAACGCGAAAGGAACCCUUUAUACAAGCACGGCUCAGUUACAUAAGACGCGAACUGCUCGUAUAAAUGGUUCACGGCUAACUUCGCGACCAGGUCGGUCCAAUGAUGACGUAGUUUGCUUUGAUGCCUCGUCUUGGGGUAACUGCGUUUGCAUCUUCUUGUUUCAACAAUGGCUUGAGCGAGCAAAAAAGCUAAACGACUGGCUUUGGCUACCAAAAAAACGCUCUAAUUACCUUUUCACUGCCCUUUUCAUUUUAAACUGUCUCUUCGGUCAAGAUUGGUGUUGGGUUCCCAGAUAAUUAAUUAUUUGUCAAAGAAAAUUCGCAGUUCGCUGCAUAUUAGCAGAAUUAGCUUUUCUUCAGCGGCACCCCAUACGUUUCUUUUUUUAGAUGAAUCUCUAUCCGUCGUCGUCGCCGUUUUCCACUUUUUAAAUGGAGUAAAUGUAAACAAAACUCAUUUUCCCGUCACUGCAGCGCUCGUCUCUCAGCCAUGAAGGUCUGGGUUAAUACAGAGCAUGCGCAGCAAUCGUUCACGGCUUGAGCAAGCCGCGGACAACAUUUGAGUGCACUUAUACGAACACUUUUCCGUCCAAGGUAAGCCGCGGCUUGGAUUAACCCGGAUUGAAUAAGCCGUGAACGUAUAUUUUGCACCAUUUAUAAGGGGUGUUUACGUCUUAUUUUCUCUUGUAUAAACGGCCCUUUGAAUUUAGUUUUCGCACAACAGUGAGAAUUAACAACUAAGGUUUCGAUUUGUGUUAUCCGCUUCGGCCCUCGGCGGUAUUGGCAGAUAAUACGGUUAUGAUCAGCCUUGAUAAUUCUCGCAAUCAUGCUCAACCUAAACUUUAAGCCGUUAUUAUAGUCGUCGGAAACGACUAAUGGGCACUCGGCACUAGUUGUACUAGCUAAUUUUUGGCCUGAUUGAAUGUGCAUUCUGCCUUAGUUAUGGCCAGCCUUGCUAUCAAAAAACAGAUAAACGAACUGGGUUGAGUUCAGUUCCAAAGAAACUGUUGCGUCGGUGGGUCAGUUAAUUACUAAGAUUUGGGUUUAUCAACUAAGUCGAACAUAGUUUCGACGCGUCUCAGUCGUUUCUUUUAACUCCUUGAAGAUGUUCGCCGAGUAAGUAGGUGGCCGUUUUUGAGAACAUCUUCGAGAUGUUAGCGGAAAGGUAAGCGACCGUUUCCUCGAAUACCUUCGGAGAUGCUGAAGGAAACGACAAAGCCAAAAUCGAAACCAGUAGCUCGCCAGUUAUCUCUCAAAUCAUUCCAGCCAAAACAUGGCAAACUGCGGUCUCUCACUGCACCAAGGCAACAUGGAAAGCCGAAAAAUCUAGCGCAAGAACUUGUAAUUCAGAUCAGCAUCCUUGCUCCCUGCUGAAUCAACUAAUUCUCAACUCAACUCAUUUAUUUUUGUUCUUCAUGGUAUGUCCACUAUGUCUGUAUAUAAACCCACAAUUCCCUGAUUCACUUAGACUUGCCACAAGUCGACUGAGUGAGCGCCGGGCGCGAGGGACGCUCGCGAAGCGAAAGAAUGCGAGCGAUGCAAGUAACCACCUAACCAGCAAAUACUUGAACGCGCGCUUUGAGUUAGUCUAUGUUUUACUUUGAUGAAGGGCUCGCGCUCGAAAAGUUAGCGUUUUAAUACUCCUACACUUAUAAAUCUACCUUAUUAGACUUAUUAACUCAGAAGAUAGAAACCAAUUAUAAAUUCGAGGGUGUGGAAGAAAAAACGGACCCUGUGUUCUGAUUGGCUACCCGAGCGAGCAAGAUGGGCCCAUCUUACCCGAUCGAGUUUUACGCGGUGUUCCCGCAAGAAAACGUUCUCCUUUUUGGCCAUAUAAUAAAAAUAAAAUAGUUUUAUUUAAACUUUCAUUUAAGUCCUGUCAGUUCACAUGGUAAAAAGCGGUGAAACUGCUUUGUGUGUCCCUUGUAAUAACGUUUCAUUUGUUGUCUUUUAAGAGACGAUGGUUUGCUCAAAAGUAUUCAAGCUGUGCGCUUCAAGGGGGCAUCACGUGACCAAGUUUCUUUUGAUUCCAACGGGAAUGGAUUGGGUGCUUAUGACAUCACAGUGGUGAAUAUAGAGACUGAAGAAUGGGAAGCAAUCGGAAGCUGGAUAUCAAAUACGUCAAAUGUGCUUGACCUUCCUGCGAACGUUUCAUUUCUUAAUUUAAAUCUAACGAAGUUGAGAAUGCUUUGGGCGAAGGUCUUCAACAGCUCCACUGAGCCAACGUCAUUUUGUGGACAGCAGUGUCCCCCUGGAUACUGGAUGAGUUCAGAGGAGCGUUACAAGGUAUCAUUUUUUAAUUACAGAUGUAUCAAAUCAAAUAAAAUCAUCGCUUUCAUACUAUGGACACUGAAAGAGAUCUGCGUUUCUUUCUUUGGGAUUGUGGUGUUUUGCCCAUCCGAAAUAUCUUUCUUUGUUCAGUGACGUUUUGCCCAUAAACUUCGUAUCUCAAUCAGAAUAUCUGAGUUACAUUUAGCGAAAAUAUAAUAGAACCGCCCAAAAGGUGAUACUGAGAAAUUUCUCUGUAACAAGUUUAGCCCUUUUAUCAAUUUAUCAGUUUCUCUUUUUUCCACCUUAUUCUUGCAGAGGUGUUGCUGGAAAUGCGUCCCUUGUUCCACGAACGAGAUAUCUCAUAAUCCUGUAAACGGGUCCUGUAGGCGCUGUCCAUCUCGCUUCUGGACAAACGAAAAUCACACUUCUUGCUUACCCAUAAUUCCCACUGCUGUAAAGCUAAGUGACCCAGCCGGUAUUGCUGUUGGCGUGGUUGCUGUGUUAGGUGUGGUAGGUGUCGUUGCUAUCGGCAUUGUCUUCUUCCGCCAUGGAAAUACCCAUAUUGUUCGAGCAUCAAGUAGACAGUUAAGCUUUGUUAUGUUGUUUGGAAUUUUAAUUGGGUACUUGACAGCCAUUUUGACAUUACUGGAGAGAACAGAGAGGCUUUGUGAAGGAGUGCUCUUUAUGUUCAGCAUCGGCUUCUGUAUUGUGGUAGGGACGCUGUUUAUCAAAACAAAUCGGAUCUACCGGAUAUUUAGUAAACGAGCCAUGAGGAAAGGUAAGCUGUAAAGCGUGCGUUACGUCUGUUAGUACCUGUUACAGUAAAGAGUCUAAAGACCGCGUCACUGCUGCAAACUGAAAAGUGCUUUGACGUCUUUUUGACAAUAUUAAAGGACUCUUUAACACAGAGAUCCAAUUUAUAGAAAUUUAAUUAGUCCCAAGGCCUUUCGACGGCGAUCCGUGUUUUUGAGAGAUUUUUAAAUUUCUACUUCUUUGAAUUUUCACGAAUUCUCCUUCACUAUUUGUUUUAUAGUAUGUGUAAAAAAAAGGGCAGUGGUUAUAAAAAAGGAGACAUUAACGGACGUCAACUUCAAUUGUAAUGAUUGUGCUCUAAUAAGGUUUCUAAAACCAGAUAUCUCAGGUUCAAGGCUCCCAUAAAUAAGAGCUGCACCGACUUUUAUGAUUAAUGUUUUUUUACUUGAAAGGUUUUCUCGACAAAACUUUGCAGUCUCGUUCCGCCGUGAUAUUUAUCUAAAUGCGAACUCGUAGUUCAUAUGGGUUAUUGACUAAGCGUGAAGUCAAGAUAGCUAAAUAUUCGGGCCAAAUUCUUCGUCCCGGUUCAUAAAAACGCAAAAAAGUACAAGGCCAAUAUUCAGCAACGUUGACUGAAUAAGCUUGGUCAAUACGGGAUUUAUUAUAAGGCCAAAAGAGAACGUGAAUCGUUCGGGAAAAACACGGGAAAUCCCGAGCUUGCCCGCACAGGUAACCUAUCAGAACACAGGAAUCCCUUCAUCUUAUAACAAAAAUCUAUCCUUUUAUAAUUUCAGGCACUCCUCAAUGUUUAAGUGACAAGUGGAUGCUUGUUUUCCUUUCCUGUUUUGUGGCCAUAGAAACAAUCAUCUGUGCUGUCAUUGUACUCACUACUCCGGAUGUUGGACUUAAAGACGUUGUAUACUCCGACAUGAAAAACGAAGCCUACAUACAAUGCAAACUGGUGUCCUACACCAAUUACAACAUGGCCUUGUGGUGGGGUUACAACACUGGAUUGGUUGUAAUAUGUACCUACCAGGCUUUCCUAACAAGGAAGGUGCCGGGUAACUACAACGAAGCACGCUUUAUUGCCUUCAACAUGAUGACCAUAUCAAUGGACGUGAUAAUGUUCUUUCUUUCCUAUUAUGGCACGAAGACCUACUACAAAGACAUCCUGGUCAGCUCAUUCUUGAUCGUCGCUGAUACAGUCACUUUAACUUGUAUGUUCUUGCCCAAAGUUUAUGUCAUUGUGUUUCGACCACAGAAGAAUGUAGAACAUAGAACUACCAUUAGCCUGGGAACGCUGGAGAACGAAGAAGAAGAUGAAGAAAAUAACAGGAAAAUUAGCACAAGAUCAAACCUAUCAGUCAUGAGUUCUCUCUCAACCAUCAGCAACGGUCCAACGGAAACAGAAGAAAACACUGCAAGUAAUGAAACCCGCAAGGAAAGCAGAACGUCCAAAAUAUCCGUCUCUUCGAACGGUAGCGCUAAAGGAGAUUGGGAACCAGAAGGAGAGGACUGGAAUAUGCCACCGGCUAUUAUAUCACGUGACUCUAACUUGAGCAUGCGCACUGUUCGCUUCCAAGACGAAAUACAUGAUGAUUUUGUUACCGACUGUCCCAUUACUAACGAUGAUUUCAUUGCGGAAAAGACUGAAUGUUGCCAAAGGGUGUCGGCAAUCUGA